AUGGCAUUGGUAUCAGAGUUUUUGGGACAGCUCACUCUGGGCUUUGGUGGGGAGAAAGAACCCCGAUUUCCAACAGUAGUAGCAGCACCAAAUUUUGAUCCAGAGAAGGAUGCAAGCUGGAUUGACACAGCAAUUGCCACCAAGGGAGUGGAUGAGAAUUUAAUCAUUGACAUCCUAACAAAACGCACCUACAGCCAGAGAAGAGAGAUUGCAUUUGAAUAUGAGAGAAAAACGAAAAAGGACAUGGUUACUACCCUUAGGGGGUUGCUGUCAGGCUCUUUGGAAAACGUGAUUCUUGGUCUAAUGAGAAGCACAGCUCAAUUUGAUGCCUUUGAGCUUAGAGCAGCAAUGAAGGGUCUAGGAACUGAUGAGGAAAGUUUAAUAGAGAUAGUCUGUUCUCGCAGCAAUGAGGAGUUGGUGGAGAUAAAAAAGGCUUAUAAAGAAUUGUUUAAGAAGGACUUGGAAAAAGAUGUGGCUGGAGACACUUCGGGUGACUUCUGCAAAUUGCUGCUGGCUCUGAUUGGGGCUAAAAGAGAAGAACCAAGCAAUAUAGUGGACUAUGAGAAAAUUGACAGUGAUGCCAGAGCCCUCUAUGAGGCAGGAGUGAAACGGAAGGGAACUGAUGUGGCCACCUGGAUCACUAUCUUCGCUGAGAGAAGUGUACCACACCUCCAGAAAGUGUUUGAUAGGUAUAAGAGCUACAGCCCAUAUGAUAUGAAGGAAAGCAUUCGGAAAGAGGUGAAAGGAGAUUUGGAAAAAUCCUUCAUUACAUUAGUGGAGUGCUUUGAAAACAAACAGCUUUACUUUGCCAACAAACUUAAUGAAGCCAUGAAGAGUAAAAGUGUCAAGGAGAAGGUUAUCACUCGAAUCAUAGUUUCUCGGUGUGAAGUUGACCUCAUGAAAAUUUGCAAAGAGUUCAAGACAAACCUUGGAAAAACACUCUACCAGACAAUUUCAGAGACUACAAAGGGUGAUUACCAGAGAGCUUUGCUGAAUCUUUGUGGAGGAGAUGAUUAAGCAGGACAUGUUUUGCAUAGCCCUUGGCUACAGUUAAACAGCAAGAGAAUACAGUAACUAUAUGUAUCUACCCUUAUUCACUUAUCUACACUAAUCAAUAACUGGUAUGGUACAUUGGUAAAAUAGUCUAAUACGUUACUGUAAAACUAAAUUCACUUUUUACGUAAAUGUUUAUUAGAUUGAUCGGACUGAUACUCUGAUAAACCCUAACAUUUAAUUGGUGAAUUAAAUUUCUGUUUCUACAAAUUAUGCCCAAUGGAAAGAUUUAGGUCACAGAAAAAUACAUUUUGCUGUAACAUUUGCAAACUAAAUUACAAGCAAUUGACUCUCCAGCCAGAAAUGCGUACAGUAGCUUUUAGUACAGUAUGGUUGUGCAGUAGCUACAAAAAUGUUAGUUAACACAAGUGGAUAACAGAGGUACAAACAACAAUCAAAAUAAUAUAAAAGUCUGCAGUCUCAAAGCUUAAAUCAAAUACAACUGUAGCUAUUAAAUUGCAUAUAAUAGUAAUAGUAAAGGUACCAUUAAGCAAUGAGA